CAUUGGACAUCACACGUUUAGGAAUUCUGGCUUAGCAAGUGAUGUUUCUGGCUUUUGUCUAAGCUUAUUUCUUAAACCAGUUACCGCUAUAAAGCCUAUAAUUUGGACGGCUAGCAGAGAUUCGUGUUUUGAUACAUGCAUUAGCAGACGUAUUCUAUGUCUGUGAUCAGGAAUGAUUUGAUGCAGAGUACCAGUCGUUGCUUUUGAGACUAAACACAGAUAACAAGAAGAGAUAAAACACAGGAAAGUGGAACCAUGAGCCUCAGUGUUGGAGGUUACCAUCCCGGGUACGCACAUCCGGGUCCUAUGGGUGUGACGUCAGCGCACGAGUUUUACGCGUCCCAAUACCCGGGGCAGGCAGUAAGAUACCCGGAUUAUAAUGUCAGUGAUAGGACUUAUUUUCACAACUGGGUGCUCAGUGGCACUCCGGAGAUCCCAAUGUCCCCAGAGUCGUACGGACACACGCACGGACAGGCGGACAUGUUAGCACAUAUUCCGUACGAUGCAUAUCAAAAUCCUUUCGGAAGUGAACGGUGUGUGAAAAGAAAAGUGAACGCUAGUAAAAAGGAAAGAAGAAGGACUCAGAGUCUUAACAACGCGUUCACAAAUUUACGAGACUGUAUUCCAAACGUUCCGUCGGACACUAAACUUUCUAAAAUCAAGACAUUAAGGCUAGCUAUCUCAUAUAUUUCCUAUUUGAUGGACAUAUUAAAGAAGGAUGACCCUAAAUUGACUGAAAAAGGGUUUAAAGCAGAGAUUUCACGGAAACGAGAAAGACAUCAUAUAGAUAUGGAUAAAAUACGUAAAAUGGAUAAAGCCUCUCCAAAAGACGAGGAAGACGAGAAUGUUUCCCCCUCUCAAAGUAAAAAGGACAAAAGAAGUGGGUGGCCCGAACAUGUUUGGGCAUCAGAACUGAAGCCAUCCGAAUGAAGCGUUCGUGGAAAUUAAAACGUGAAGCAAACCGGACGGGCGGCAGGUUAGCUCGUGAAGAAUAAAUUGAGGGUUAGGAGAAAGAACUUCUCUGCCAUUUCAGUAUUUAGCUUACUAAAAUGUUGUAUUCAAUACCUGGGACCAAAAAACGAGAAAAAAACUGUUAAUUUUAUUUAAAUUGCUUAUGAAUUGUUGACAAUCAGAAAGAAGUUUGUCUCCGAACUAAUGGAUUGCUAAAUAUAUGGAAACAUGUUCAUAACACAAAGAAAACAAAGGUUGUUGCAGUGUUCUUUUUCAGGAUUCUAAUAAAGACUUUAUUGUUGUGGAUAUAUGGUUGUUGUUAAAAUGUUGAAUUUUAAUCAAUUUAUACUUUAUUAUUUUACACUUAUUUUAAUUUAUAUUUAGAAGCAAUAAAAUAUAUAACUUGA